AUAACGAUGAUAUAUUUUAACGUGCACCGUAAUGAUGAACCAAUUACUGCACUUUUUACAUCUCCCAGACGGGAUGGGGCGUCGUAUCCCAUUCUGAAUGAUGUCAUAAUCGUUGACGAGGAUGCACGCAUCCAGUCGACGAACACGUCUCUGGUAAUUCCCGCGCUUUCGACAUUACAUCCGAAUCAUGUGAUCAAACGGUCAAUCAGGUUGGGGGGAUGGUAAUGGAUCGAAAGUUCCUUCCCGAUGAACAUUAGGCGGGGUGGGUAGCAGCCAAUUGGGAGGAAUAGUUUAGCUCAUUUGUGCAUUGACUGAAUGGUAUUCUUUGCGGAGAGGAUUCGUUCACCAAGAAUAUCGCCAAGAAUUCGUGCAUUGGAUAUUGAAUUGAAUUCAUUGAAUGAGAGUUCGAGAGUAUUCCGUGGAAUUGCAUGCUCGGGACAGUCUGUAUUAGUUAAAAUACGUGAGGUCAUCGAGGGCAGCAUCAAGAUGGAAGUUUAUUUCCCUUAAGCCAAUACUUUUUUGUUUAAACUUAUUUGGACCUAUUCUGUUGGAUGAGUCUCCAGAAGAGAGAAGUGACUGACUGGCUGACUCACAUCUGUGAAUCAUUCUUCUUAUCAAGUCCAUAGGUCAAACAUAUUUGGAAUACGUCCUGAAGAAAUAUAUUUUCGAAACUCUUUACGAAGUGAAGAUAAUUUUCCCUGGAGGAUUGUGAAAGUUUCAGAUAGUCAUGAGCAAUUUGCCAUCAUCGCGCUCCCGGUUCCCGUUUUUCCAACGGCUGAACAUCCGACUCCACUCCAGCAUUGCGAACGCCUUCCACGGGUCCCGAGCCGAUUCGGUGGCAUGGCGCCGCCAGAACUUCGGCCACCAGACCAACCCAAUGUACAACCAUAUCUAUCUUGGUGGGAUUGGGACCCUACUGGACCACUAUGAACAAAGGGAGAGCGAAGAAGCAUUCCAGAAGCUGCUGGUUAGACGGUUUGAGAGGAUGCUGUAUAACAGGGGUGCCGGUAAGGUGCUCUCCAAGCAGGAGUACGCAAGGUUCUGGAAGACACUGAGGAAUGCCGAUUCCGUCGACUCGGGCCGGAUGCGCGACAAGGACCUCGUCCGCGAAGUGGACCGGUGGUUCGCAUCCGAGUUCCAAGACUGCAUAUACGAGGAGCACGAGGUUUGUUGGGAUGUCAGGCAACGGGGUGAGGUCGGGGAAACCAUCCUCCAUCUCUGUUACCUCAACAACACCGAGGUCCACCAGGCCAUUGCCGAACACCUUCUUGCGCUCUAUCCCAAGCUUGCUCUGGACAUCUACGAAGGGUUCGAGUAUUAUGGUGAAUCAUGUCUUCAUAUUGCAAUUGUCAACCAUGAUCUCGAUUCGGUGAAGACAUUGUGUAAAUGCGGAGCAAAACUCAACCAGAGGGCUACAGGAAGAUUCUUCCGACCUUCAAAGAAUCUUACGGAUGGCGUGACCGAUAAGGACGAAGAGAUGGACUGUCGGGGGCAAGCAUACUUCGGGGAGUUCCCUCUAGCCUUUGCCGCCAGCCUAGGAGACAAGGCCAUCUAUGACUUCCUGAUUGAGGAGAGCGUCCGGGUCGACCGAAGGGGUGAGAUGGUCAUCAAGGGUAGAGUGAACCCCGAUGAUCAAGAUUCUUAUGGCAACACUGUUCUGCACAUGGUGGUCAUCAACAAUCAAAAGGAGAUGCUGAUUCAUGUUGUACGUCAUAGUAUCAUGCCAGCAAGCAUCGUCCUCAGGAAUAACAACGGUCUGACCCCUCUGGAACUCUCCUUCCGGCUAGGUCGAUGUGCCCUAUUCGACACCCUCCUGGAUCUAGGUAGCCAGAAACAGUGGACGUACGGUCCUCUGUCCUACGUAGCCUAUCCUCUACCGGGUCUUGACUCCAUUGGUCCCAAUGGAAGACUUGAUGAAAAUUCAGCCUUGAUGACGAUAGUCCGCUGCGGGCAGGCACAGCAUUUGAAGAUGUUGGAGGUCCAAAUAGUCCAUUUUCUACUCCAAGAGAAGUGGCAACGUUAUGCCCGACAACGUCUUAUCAUGAAAUUCGCCAUCACCGUUAUCCAGUUACUAGCAAUGUGUAUAGUCUCCUUCGCGCGGAAGAGGAUAACACCAGGGGACGAAGACAGAGCGACAGAGAAGAAGUUCUUCAGUGGUCAACACUUCGAAAAGAUAACACUCAAUCCUUUGGUUAUCGCAAGAUAUAUAGCGGAGGCUGUGGUAAUCUUCAUUUGUAUAUUGAGAAUGGGAGAAUCAGCUAUCGAAGUCAAUUCAAGAAAGUCUUUUAGGAGCUAUGCUAAGACACUAAUUGAGUUACCUGAGAAGGGUUUCAUGAUCAUAGCGACCAUUCUCUUCCUCUUCUGCAUCCCGCUAAGGUUCCUGGGUUACAAGUGGGAAGAAGAUGCCCUCAUCAUCAUAGCAAGUCCGCUCUCAUGGAUGUAUCUCUUAUACUUCUACAGAGCUAAUCAAAGCCUUGGUCCAUUGGUCGUGAUGUUUGGACGAAUGUGCAUAGGGGACAUCGCCAAGUUUUCCAUUCUCUACUCCACUUUCGUCGUAAUGUUUGCCGCUGUAUUCAACAUUGCCGUGGACAGCGACAGUGAAUUCAAAGACUUUGAGGAUUGGUUUGAGUCAAUAGCUACAACAUUCUGUAUGACCUUCGGUAGAUAUGGAGUGGUCACUACCAAGGACCAUGCGAAGCACCCUGGUAUAUCUAUAAUUCUGAUGGUUCUCUUUGCAAUCCUUGUUCCGAUCCUCCUGCUCAACAUGCUGAUAGCCAUGAUGGCCAAGACCUACACUGAGAUCAUGGCAAGAGCCGUGAUGGAAUGGAAGAGGCAGUGGGCAAUGAUCGUUCUUCAAGCUGAACGUACAGUAGACCCUCAGCAGCUUGUCCGUUACCAGAAAGCAUACUCGGCAUCUAUAACGUUUGACCAUCCGCAGGCGGUCAGCACUGAGACCACCCAUACCAAUUUCUCAAAGAGUUUAGCCCCACCAACUCUACUUACGGUCGGUGCGGAGCUUCCCGGGCCAAUAGAUAUACGCGAGAGGCGCCGAUCCUGGGUGACGCUGGCUCGGGAACAGCAACAGAUUGAUAUGAUGGAAGAGGAGCAGUCUUUACUCAGACGUGGCCAAGACGACUGGAUACCGAUGGCGGGAAAGACUGGCAAGGGAGUCAGCUGUAGGGCUGUACUUAUUGAAAAGCUUGUCAAUUUAAACCCAGAGGCCGAUUGAUCACAUUAUUGACCAUUUAUAAGAAAGGAGCUAAAUGUUACAUCCUUUAUUUUCUUUUAUUUAUUGUCGUAAAUGUAUGCUAUUAUCCUCGUGUCCCUUCUCUUUUUUUUAUCUCUUCUUCAGAAAGUCUAUAAUAAUUAAGUAAUUAUUAAGUAAUUAAGAAUUUUAAG